AUGAGUCGUUUUCGAGAACGAAUAUAUAUAACACAUAGGAAGACACAUGGUCAACCUUUUAUCUAUGAAUGCAAAGUGCCCGGUUGUGGGCGAACAUUCAACUAUGGACCAUCAUUUCGCAGUCACAAACAGACGCAUGAGCCUAAUCCUCAGUGCAAGGAUUGUGGCAAAUUCUUCGCCACCAGGAAUACACUGCAAUAUCAUAAGAGCAUCUGCCAAACAAAAUCUCGUUAG